AUGAUGCGCAAUCUGAUGGUGCUCCUUGUGGUGGGCGCUUUGGCCGACAAGGCCGAGCAAGCCGACGGGCCACAGGCAGAGGCAGCCGAGGCAGCCGAGCAGGGUGAACCGAGCGCUGGCCCUGGCGAGAACAGCUGGAAUUUGGUCUAUUGCAACUGCGGCCUCUCAUGUGUGAAGCAGGUGGACAACUGGUACAUCUUCAACGUGGGCCAAGCCUGUGCCUGCAAUGCCUGCCCCGAAGCCAAAUCAACAGAGCCAAAGCUGCGAGGUGCAACAGGUGUCCCGUCCUCUCCGUCCUCUCCGCCCGUUCCGUCCGCUCAGGCCAAGAUGGCUCUGGAAGCUGUGCCUAAGGAGAGCGCACCGACCGGGAGCAAAGCGAAGACGUGGGAUGGCGCAACCAUGCCCGGCAGCAACCUCCUGUACUGUCAGUGCGGCAAGCAGUGCGUGGAUGGACGGAUGCUUGGACUUUACACCUACUACUGCUUCCGCUAUGGUUGCAAAGCGCCCGCUAUCGAGCUGCCCGAGCUGCCGUAUUGUCUUUGUCGUCUCCUUUCCUGCACCUGCGCUGCCAUGAUGCGCAAUCUGAUGGUGCUCCUUGUGGUGGGCGCUUUGGCCGACAAGGCCGAGCAAGCCGACGAGCCACAGGCAGGGGCAGCCGAGGCAGAGGCAGUCGAGGAAGUCGAACAGGGUGAACCGAGUGCUGGCCCUGGCGACAACAGCUGGAAUUUGGUCUAUUGCAACUGCGGCCUCUCAUGUGUGAAGCAGGUGGACAACUGGUACAUCUUCAACGUGGGCCAAGCCUGUGCCUGCAAUGCCUGCUCCGAAGCCAACUCAACAGAGGCAAAGCUGCGAGGAGAGCGCACCGACCGGGAGCAAAGUGAAGACAUGGGAUGGCGCAACCAUGCCCGGCAGCAACCUCCUGUACUGCAGCUCGGCAUCGGAGGUCUCAGUCGUCUCCUUUCCUGCACCUGCGCUGACAUGAUGCGCAAUCUGAUGGUGCUCCUUGUGGUGGGCGCUUUGGCCGACAAGGCCGAGCAAGCCGACGAGCCACAGGCAGAGGCAGUCGGGGAAGUCGAGCAGGGUGAACCGAGUGCUGGCCCUGGCGACAACAGCUGGAAUUUGGUCUAUUGCAACUGCGGCCUCUCAUGUGUGAAGCAGGUGGACAACUGGUACAUCUUCAACGUGGGCCAAGCCUGUGCCUGCAAUGCCUGCCCCGAAGCCAACUCAACAGAGGCAAAGCUGCGAGUCCAAGAUGGCUCUGGAAGCUGUGCCUACGGAGAGCGCACCGACCGGGAGCAAAGUGAAGACAUGGGAUGGCGCAACCAUGCCCGGCAGCAACCUCCUGUACUGCAGCUCGGCAUCGGAGGAUUCAGCCUGAGCUGGACUUUGAUUUUUCUUCGAGUUUUGAAGGUAGGUCUCAGUCGUCUCCUUUCCUGCACCUGCGCUGACAUGAUGCGCAAUCUGAUGGUGCUCCUUGUGGUGGGCGCUUUGGCCGACAAGGCCGAGCAAGCCGACGAGCCACAGGCAGAGGCAGUCGGGGAAGUCGAGCAGGGUGAACCGAGUGCUGGCCCUGGCGAGAACAGCUGGAAAUUGGUCUAUUGCAACUGCGGCCUCUCAUGUGUGAAGCAGGUGGACAACUGGUACAUCUUCAGCGUGGGCCAAGCCUGUGCCUGCAAUGCCUGCCCCGAAGCCAACUCAACAGAGGCAAAGCUGCGAGGUGCAAAAGGUGUCCCGUCCUCUCCGUCCUCUGCGCCCGUUCCGUCCGCUCAGUCCAAGAUGGCUCUGGAAGCUGUGCCUACGGAGAGCGCACCGACCGGGAGCAAAGUGAAGACAUGGGAUGGCGCAACCAUGCCGGGCAGCAACCUCCUGUACUGCAGCUCGGCAUCGGAGGCUGGCUUCGAAAGUUUUGAAAACAACUCCUUGGAGCAGCUGUUGAUCAACCUCUGCAAUGAACAUCUCCAGCAGUUCUUCAACACCUUUGUUUUCAGGGCAGAGCUGGAAGAUUAUGCCAAAGAAGGCCUAGUACUCGACUGCAACGUUAAUUUUGUGGACAACGCUGAUGUUCUGGAGCUCGUGGAUGGGCGGGGAGGAGUGUUGGACCUGUUGGACGAAGAGGUGGCCAUGCCGAAGGGGACGGAUGAGUCCUUUGUGUCGAAGGUGAAGUCAGGCGCCUUGGGUCAGCAUCAGCGCUUCGUCAAGUCCAAGAUCAGCGCGCGGGUAAUCUUUGGAGUCAAGCAUUUUGCGGGCGAGGUCCUGUACAAUUGCGAGGGGUUCUUGCAGAAGAAUACUGACAAGCAACCGGAAGACUUCAUUCGGCUGCUGCCCUCAGCAACGCUUGAGCUCCUCCAACAGCUCAAAGAGAAUCCUGAGGCACCGCCUGCGAAAAGCCCUGGGCGCAAGACGAAAUCAACAUCCUCAAAGUUCCGCUGCUCACUGCGCAUGCUCAUCGGCAAGAUAAACACAUCAGAUCCACACUUCGUCAGAUGCAUCAAGCCGAAUGCGGAGAAGGUGCCCGGCAGGUUUGAUUCUCAACUGGUUCUGGAACAGCUCUUGUUUAGCGGAAUCUUGGAGGCUGUGCAGAUUCGACAGAAGGGAUUCGCAUCGAGAUCAUCCUUCGAGGACUUUCUGAAGAGGUAUGGCUGCAUUGCAAAGUAUGCCACACACACCGCCGGCGAUCUUGUGCACUACUUGGUGGAUAAGAUGAAGCUGAGCCAAUCUGGAAUACAAGUGGGGAAGACCAAGGUGUUCCUGAAGGCCUUCGUAGUCGACCAGCUCGAAGCCGCCCGAUCGCUGGUGCGCAACGACAUGACAACCAGGCUACAAACAUCGAUCAGGGCAAGGCAAGCGCAUCAGCGCUUCGCUGCCGCGCGCCCGGCCGCCAAAGCAGUGGAGACCUGCCUGCGGCGCAUUGGCUUCCCGGGAAACGCAGCAGAGGUCGACGACAGGCUGCCUCUGAUCGACAAGGUUGGGCCUGAUGCCAGAUCCUUCCUGACAGAUCUUCAGCAAGCGGAGUCUCAGCUGCCAAAUUUCCCAAGCUCCCAGAGGCUUCGGGAAUGCGCUCAGGCUGUGAUGGGUCGUCUGACCAAGGAGCUCCAGUGCUUGGAGCAUCUGCAGAGCCUUGCUCAGACCACCGACUGCAUGGAGCUUGAGAAGGCCUUGGCUCGGGCGGAUGGCUUGAAGCUGCCCCACUCAGACCUCAUCCGAGAUUUGCAGACCCGGUGCAAGGCGCUGGAGGUCCAGAUGCCUUUGAGAGAGGCCUUGCAAACAGCCGUGAGCACUGACGAUGCGGAAAUGGCCGCGAGGGUGGCCGACGAGGUUAAAAAGAAGGGCCUGGACCUCCAGCCCAAGAGCUGGCUGCCAGAGAUGGGCAUGGACGCUUUGGCGGCGGGGCUUGCGGAACUUAGGGCAAGGCAAGCGCCCAAAGAGACGGCGCCAGAAGCUGUGGAGCCCAAAGAGGUGCCCAAAUCCAAGGAAGAGCCCAAAGAAAGUGCAGCUCCGUCUGCUCCAAAGCACAACUCGCGGCGGCGACCAACCUUCACUGGAUUCAGCGAUGCCGCACAACUGCAGCUGUUGGCAGGCCUGCAGCGCGCGGCCGCAGAGUUGGACUCGGUGUGUUUGGAGCAGCUCCUGCAGCAGGCCAUGCGCAACGGCGUGGAGGAUUCCGAGCUACAGGACUACCACAAGCUGCUUCGGGACCUGCAGAGCGAGACCUUCCUGAGACUCGCAGUGGAGAAGGUCUUGGAAGACGUCCAGGACGAUUGCCCGCAGCGCGCCGCCUUGCAGAGGCUGCAGAAUCUCUCCCACCAGCUGCGCACCCUUCAUGGAGAUGCGGAGCUGAUUCGGGCGGCGACGCGGGGUGUGCAGCUGGGAACACGGCGGCGGACCAAGAGCAUUGCAGUGCCCAGCGGGGCUCGACGCUCCGUUCUAGAUGUCACCAACCCCGAAGAUCUCCGCGUGGCCUGCGACGCUUUCUGCGACCUCAGCGCCUUCCACAAGCUGAAGAGCGAAGGCAGCUGGAAGGGCCAUCGCAACAGCCAGCUGCACUUCGACUUCACCCAAUGCAAGGGAGUUAUGCUGGCCCACUCCAAGGUGACGAUUGCCGAGGCCCUCACUCACUUGCCGAAAUCCAGGGAGGCGACUGCUGUGCAGAAUUUCAGGAACAUCCUGAUCUGGAUGGGUGAUCGACCCGCCCAGGAGUGCCAACGAAUCGCCAGCCGGGAGCGAGUGAUUGCGGUGAGUGCCGAGCCGCUACUGCGAGACGAGGUCUUUGUCCAGCUCCUGAAGCAGCUGACUGGGAACCCUUCGGUGCGCUCAGAGUGGCUGGGCUGGCAGCUGCUCCUCCAGCUUUGCAGAACUGCCUCACCCAGCGACGAGCUGGACGAUUUCGUGAGAAUGUUUUGCGACCAGGCGCGGUCUGUGCACACUGGAUGCGGAGACGAUCCCAGAGCCUGGGAGAUUGCGCGGAUCGCUGGGGACUGCUUGGAGGCGUUGGCUGCUGCAAUGCCCUGCAAACCGGCCACGGAAGACACGUCCGGCGAUAUGGCGGGCGUGUUGGUGUACUUGAUUGAUAGAUCUUACCAGAAUUUGUUCGUCCCUGUGGCUUCGACUCUCAAAGAACUGUCUUCCCUCAUGGGGAGCAGAGUCGGUGUGAAGCACUGGAGGGACUUUGCAUUCUUUCAGUCCACAGGUGACGCGUUGAGGAUGCUGCCUGACAAUUUGACGGUCUCCGAGCUGAUCAAAAUGUGGCAGCAGAUCCGUGAGGCCACGGGCUUGCAAGGUCACUUGCACUGGCGACGGCGCUUCUUGCGACCGCAGGAGAUGCUGCUGGCUGGGGACCUGCAACACGCGGCAUUGACGUUCCGUCAGGCUGUGGAUUGCCACCUUCGACGUCCGGCGUCCUGUCAAGCAGGGGCGGAGGCCGAGGAAAUGGCGACCGCCGCGGCACUGCUGUGGUUGGAAAGCUACAACCCAUCAAAGAACAUCAAAGAUAAUGACAAGCUGGUUUGUCAGCUCCUCAAGGGGCAGAUGAACGACUUGAAGCCUGCGCAGCAAGACGAGGUGAGGCGGAAGCUUCAGAGCAAGGUCCGGGACAUGCGCCCGGAGUUCGGCCCGCGGAUCCCGCAGCUCCAGCGGAUGACCCGGGCCUUUGCGCUGAUGCGAUGCUUCCCUCAUUUUGGCGCGCACCAGUGGUCAGCCAAAGUCAUUGCGCCAGCCAAAGUUCAUGCUGGGCCGAUGCUGGUCAACAACCCGCCAGAAAGGUCAUUGGUACUGCACGUGCGUCAAGCAGAACCAGAUGUUUGGAUUUUCGUGGACACCACCGGCUUGCAUGUUGUCCCGGCGACAAGAACUCAUGGUGCGGCGCUGUGGAGCUUCCAUUUCCAGCCAGCCGGGACUUUCGGCAUGGGUCGCGAUGGGAGCUCUCAGUGCUUUGCAUCAUGCUCGCCAGCGCUCCGAAGGAGAUCGCUAAGCGAACUCACAGGAGACGAAGGCGCCGCAACUCCCAGCAAGCGCAGAAUGUACCAUCAAGACGGACGCUUAUUGCGAUGGGGUGCUAAAGCUGGACUUCUGCAGCUCGUGGUGCAUACGGCAGACCUGGGGCGCACAGUGCCCCAAUCGCAGCUUGUGGCGCUGGCGUGCCCGGAUGCCAUGGAUGCCCGGAUGCCCAACCUAGAAAGGCUCCGCGCGUGCCCGGGCCUCCGUGAGGUGCAUCUGUCCCACAACCUACUGUCCCACGAAGGUGUGCUGCAACUAGCUGCCUGCGUUGAGCGGCGAGCUGAGCCGCUGUGGUUGCGGGUGGAGCAAAACACCUUCACAGAGCCAGGUGAUCUUCUGCGACAGUUGGAGAAGGACUACAGCGUUUGUUCGCCACUAAGAAAAAGACGAGAUUCGAUUCGAAGAAAGUUGAGAAAUAAUUCGAGAAUUCGAACCACAACUUUUGACAAAAUCGAUCGAUUCGGAUUGUCUCUCAGGCCCACGGCUGGACUCCUGCGCUCAGUUUCGGUGCUCAGAGGGCAAAGCAGUGCACGUCCCAUUUCUGGGCCAGCGCAACGAGGUUCGAAGCAAAACGUUGAAGCUGAGAUCACGAAGCCAUGAUAGCAGGCGCGUCGGACGAGAUGUUGUAGAUCACCGCGAGGAGCGCCAGGAAGCACUCCGGCGCGACACGCGCUCGUGGGCCCGCCCAAGCGACGCGAGCCCUCGCAAGGAGCUUAGGCAAGCCGAGAGAGGUGGAGAUCGCCGAGACCGCAGACAGCCAUCGCGGCCAGCGCGGCCGUGUUCCCGGCGGCGGUCCAGGCGGUCGCAGUCCCGCCGGCGAUCCUCACGUGAACGGAGCCGCCACGUGGCGCAGCCUCCGGGGACACGGCUAUCCCGGCCAUCCUGGCCUUCCCAGUCACCGUCGCCGCCAAAGCCCCCAGGAACUUGGCGUAGCCCCACAGACGCGGAGUUGUGGCAGCGUUUGGAGGCAUU